CGAGCGCUAGCUACAAUUAUGGGUGUAAACACUAAUAGUUAUUAAGUAUACUUUUUAGUGACCAUGAAAUUUUUCAUUAGAGUCGCUCUGUAGGUUCACCUGCGCAUCUCAGGUGCCUUGUUCACUGGAUAUGUUAAAUGACUAGAGGAUCUAAGUCCAAACCCUUAAGUUCAGAAUUACUCUCUGUGUCUUUAAGCAUGUGCAGCAAUAAUUCAGCACUCUUUUUAGGCCCCCGUCCCUGUGUCCAGACCCGAUAUUGGUCUGGUCACACCUACUACCUACCAUUAUACUGAUGGAAUGGUGUCCAUUGCUUCUUUAAAGUGACAUCCUUCAGAUACACUUUGUGGAUAUGCAUACCCUUGAUGGCUUGGGCAAUUUCCCAGGUGUUCUUAAAGUGAACAGGAAGGUUUGAACCUCUUGAUUUGCAUGAUUUUGUGGGGACUUUCUGUGACAAGAGCAUAGCGAACUGUCUUCCCAGGUCACCUCUGGAGGCUUACACAAAGAAUCAAUCUGUUUGGUUUUAUACUGAGGCCUUUGACCUGCUUGCACUCCAGGUUUGUGCUGAGUUAUAAGUGAAUGGCUCUGCUUAGCUGCACAAACCCCAUGCUACUUUUAGAUUCCAUGUUAUGUUUAACCUGCCCUUAGAUUGAACUUAGUUACUGAAAAACCCUCAACUUUUCCAGGAACUGAGACAUCCAUAGCAUCCCCCACUCCUUCCCCAGUGAUAGCCAAUUAGCUCUCAGGAGAAAAGUACCAAGACGUCCAGAUGUCUCAAAAGAGAUUGCUUAAGCAAGCAACCACUGUUUAUAGCAAGUGAAAUCAUUACUAGCCAAUAGAAAUGUGUCAAGCUGCAAUUUUCAAAUGUCAAUCAAUCAUGUACCUGUCAGGUUGGAAAUACUGCUGUAGGGGUGACAACAAGGCAAGGCUUCACCACCCAUCUACUGCACUGGAGAGGUUGGAGGGUCCAAGCUCCAGCUUAAAUAAAGCUGCUUUGGUUUUGUUAGGAGUUGGAUUCCUGGUGAUAUCUGGGCAUAACACUCAGGUGCUUUCUGCACAAUCCUUUUCCCAUAUGAGGGUUUCCCACUCAGCCAGAUCUGCUCACCUGUGAAUCAGAACUAAGAGCCCUGGAUGGUGAAGACAGAGGAGACUCUAGCCAAGGAGCCAGAGAAGAGUAACAAGAAGAAUGAAUGCUUCUCUCAUAAAUGCUCCUCAGGGUCAGUUAACAUUCAAGGAUGUGGCUGUGGACUUCUCACAGGAGGAAUGGGAAAGUCUUGACCUUGCUCAGAGGGCAUUGUACAUGGAUGUGAUGCUGGAGAAUUACAACAAUCUGGUUUUUGUGGAGAAUCAUGUCAUGUGCCAUAAAUAUGAAAACAUCUUAGAUCAAGACCUGCAACAUAUUGUCCAUGAGCAUGGGAAUAACCAAGUGAAGUCUUAUAACUGUCAAGAGCUUGUCAAAAUCAUUCAUAAAUCCACCCAGAGUACUCCUUAUAAAACUAACCUCAGGCAUACAUCUGUUGAAUCACCGAACCUAAACAGGCUUGAAACUGGAAACAACAGAGAAUCUUGCAAAUAUAAAAACCCUGUAAACUGUUUAAAUUUCUGUUCUACAAUUAGUUUAACUCAGGGAAUCCACAGCGGAAAGCAAGAAUACAAUGGUACAUUUGUUGAUAAAAAUUUUGACUCUAAACAAAAGCUCAUGCUGGAACAAACCAGUAAUAAAAAGAAACCCUACCAAUGUAGUGAAUGUGCCAAAUGUUUCACCAAGAAAUGCAAACUUAGACAACAUCAGACAGUUCAUACUGGAGAGAAACCUUACAAAUGUAGUGAAUGUGACAAGUACUUUACCCAAAAAUACAGUCUUAUUAUUCAUCAGAGAAAUCAUACAGGAAAGAAACCUUACAGAUGUAAUGAAUGUGACAAACGCUUUACCCAAAUUGGUGAUCUGAGAAAACAUCAGAGAAUUCAUACAGGAGAAAAACCUUACAAAUGCAGUGAAUGUGACAAAUGCUUCAGCUACAAAAGUGGCCUUACAUGUCAUCAGAUUAUCCACACAGGAGAGAAAGCUUACAAAUGUAGUGAAUGUGACAAAUGUUUUACCCACAAAAGUAAUCUUAAAAGACAUCAGAGUAUUCAUACAGGAGAAAAACCUUACAAAUGUAGUGAAUGUGACAAAUGUUUUACCCUGAAAGGCAAUCUUAGAAUUCAUCAGCAAAUUCAUACAGGAGAGAAACCUUACAAAUGUAGUCAAUGUGACAAAUGCUUUACCCACAAAGGCGAUCUUAGAAGACAUCAGAGUAUUCAUACGGGAGAAAAACCUUACAAAUGCAGCGAAUGUGACAAAGGCUUUACCCAAAAAUGCAGUCUCAUCAUUCAUCAGAUAAUUCAUACAGGAGAUCAAGGUUACAAAUGUAGUGAAUGUGACAAAUGCUUUACCCUUAAAAGUGAUCUUAUUAUUCAUCAGAGAAUUCACACAGGAGAAAAACUUUACAGAUGUAUUGAAUGUGACAAAUACUUUACCAAGAAGUAUCGUCUUAGAAUUCAUCAAAGAAUACAUUCAGGAGAGAAACCUUACAAAUGUAGUGAAUGUGACAAAUCUUUUACCCUGAAAGGCAAUCUUAGAAUUCAUGAGCGAAUUCAUACAGGAGAGAAACCUUAUAAAUGUAGUGAGUGUGACAAAUUCUUUACUCAAAAAAGCAGUCUUAUUAUUCAUCAGAGUAUUCAUACAGGAGAAAAACCCUACAAAUGUAAUGAAUGUGACAAAUGCUUUACCCGCAAAAGCAGUCUUAGUAUUCAUCAGAGCAUUCAUCUAGGAGAGAAACUUUACAAAUGCUGUGAAUGUGACAAAUGCUUUACUGACAAAUAUUGUCUUAGAAGUCAUCAGAGAAUACAUUCCGGAAAUCAACCGUAUAAAUGUAGUGAAUGUGACAAAUGUUUUACCCUGAAAGCCAGGCUCAGCAGUCAUCAGAAAAUUCAUACAGAUAAGAAACCUUACAAAUGUAAUGAAUGUGCCAGAUACUUUACCCAAAAGGGCAGUCUUAUUAUUCAUCAAAGAAUUCAUACAGGAGAGAAACCUUACAAAUGUAGUGAAUGUGGCAAAUGCUUUACCCGCAAAAGCCAUCUUAAUGUUCAUCAGAGAGUUCAUACAGGAGAGAAGCCUUACAAAUGUAGUGAAUGUGACAAAUGCUUUUCUCACAAAGGCAAUCUUAGAAAACAUCAGAGAAUUCAUACAGGAGAAUAAACGUUACAAUAUGAAUGUGACAUAUGAUUUCCCCCAAAAUUCAGUCUUCUUAUUCAUCAGAGAUUUCAUACAGGAGAGAAAACAUUCAAAUGUAGUGAAUGUGACAAAUACUUUACCUGCAAAAGUAGUCUUAGAAUUCAUCAGAGAAUUCAUGCAGGAGAAAAACCUUAAAAAUAUAGUGAAUGUGAUGAAUUCUUUAGCCAAAAACAAUCUUAGCACUCAUCAAAGAAUACAUACAGCAGAGAAACCUAACAAAUGAAGUGAAUGAGAAAAACCAUUCCCAAGGAAUAUCAUCUUUGAAUUCAUCAGAGAAUACAUAUAAGAGAGUCCUUAUAAAUGUAGUAAAUGUCAAACCAUUUACUGUUGCUUUAUCAAAGAAUGUAUACAGGACAAAAACUUUAGACAUGUAAUGUAUGAGGAAAGAUCUUUAUCCAAAUAUCUGAUCAAAGAAAAUACCUGGAAAUGUAUAGUCAGAAAAAAGUGUCCACUGGAAAAAAUGGGCUAUGUGCUUUAUUCAAGCUGCAUCAUUUCCAACACUUGAGGCUCCACACUGAAGAAUUAUUUAUUAUGUAUAAAAGAAGUUAGUGAAUGUGCUUAAUUAAUGCUCAAAUCUUAGAAACUAUCCAGGGUUCAUGCUGGGAGAAACUGAAAAUGUUACAAUGAAGGAAAUAAUUUUCAUUAAAAGUUUUUAUUUGUUCACUUUCAACUUUGUCAUAAUGAAGACACAGUUGAGAAGCUAGAAGAAUAUGGAAUUGUGUAAGUCUCCUGGAGACCAAAAUGAUAUAUUUCAAAAAGCAGCUGGGAAAUACUUGCCUCAAACUAGCAAAUGAAAUUGUCAGUAUUCUGUUUGCUUAACUCAAAUUAAGAUACUCAGACAAACUAUACUUGUAAAAAGAGAAUUUGACAAACUAAGCCACAAACAUAGGAUGUUCUUUAUCCUGUAGAUAUUCCUAGAAAUAUGCAGUUAGCUUCCAGAGUCCAGUAUUUAUAAUCUGUAUCAUAUCAUGGUUUCAAAUUUCAGAAUAGCAAUUGUCAUUAGUCCCUUGGGCUCUCAUUUACUAACUCUUUCUCCUGAGUCCUGUAUGAAACUCCAAUAAAGAUCAUUGGUU